AUGGCGGAAAAUAGAGUUCAAGAAGAAUAUCCAGAGCAUCUACAGAAAUUAAUAAAUGAACAGGGGCAUCUUUUGGAUAAAGAUGGAGUCAACAUAUUGACAGAACAAGAAAGUUCUGUAGAACAAGAAAAAAUUUUGGUUAUUGAACCAAGACUUUCAAUAGCUAAAUCAGCAAGUACCAGUGUUGGAAAGAUAUGUACAGACCAAGAAGUACCAUCAACAAGCAAGGCUGCAGAGGAAGAAAAUGACAAAUAUAUCUGGGAUGACUGCAGCAUCAAGAGGCUCAUCGAAUAUAGAAAAGAGCAUUCCAACAAAUUUGAGGAGGGGAGAUUAACAAAGAAGGCAGUGUGGGAAAUCAUUGCUAUAAAGUUCAAUGCCACAAGCGAUGAACAAGCUAAAACUGUCACUUGGAUUCAACUGAAAUCCAAGUGGCAGAAGCUUGAAUCAAAGUUCAAACAGGUGGAGGAUAAAAAUAGAAAGAGUGGCGAAGGAACACAUAACUUCAAAUACAUGGAGGAAAUGGAAGAAGCUGUUGGGGACAACCCCAACAUCCGUCCAGCUAAGACCAUUUCCUCCAUGGAUUUGAGUGUUGAAAAAGACAAAGUGCAAAAAGAGGGAAAAGGGAAGCAACCCCGUAAGAGAAAAGCUAAUGAACUAACAGAUUCUUUGGGGGAAAUGAAGAGGGAGAGAGAGGAUAGGUAUGAGAGGUUUGAGAGUAUGGUAAAGGAGAUAAAUAAAGAGAGAUGUGACUUAAUGAGAGAGUUUAUAAAUGUGUUUAAGAAUAGUUGCAAUAAAUGAGAAACCAAGGAUUUUUUCAACAUUUAAUCCAAUAAAACUUGAUGCAGCUUCAAUAAUUUUUCAAUAUAAUAAUUUGACAACUUAGAAUUUUUGCAAAGUUAAACAGCUUUAAUGUAUAGAAAUAAGUCUUGAAAAAAUUAAAAGCACAUAAAAAUUUUCUUCUGCAAAAAUUGUCAAUAUAAUGCUUUAUUAUGAUAAACUCUGAGAGAACACUCAUUUCCUCUUCCUAUAAAAGAAAAAACAAAAUUUUACUUGUUCAAAUAUAUUG